AUUAUCUAAUGGGUAACUUACUAAAGAUCUUCACAUCGCAAGUAAAACAAAAGCAAAGCAAAUAUUGGCUUGGACCAUACUCAACCGUGGCAUCACGUGAGCAAGCAUGCGAUCCCAUUUCUCACAUCGAUAACGAGGGAGGAUGGGAGUGGGACUGA